AGUUAGUAAGUACAUGUUCUAAAUAAUUUAGCUGUAUAUUGUAAAUACUACAAAAAUUACUAAUGCUUUCAUACAUAGUUACGGUUUUUUAAUUUUAUUCUAAGCUGAAAUUAGUUAUUACAAAAAUAGCUAAAAGUUUACAUAUAUGGUAUAUAAAAAAUUAAAAAAUAUGAAUCAACAGACAACAUUGAACAAGUAUUUCAAAAUAAAGACAAAUUCUUUUAAAGAAAUGGAUACGAACCGUAAAAAGAAAUGUAAUUUAAGUAUAACCAAAACACCUAUAAAGUCGCCUAAGCUAACACUUGAAAACGAACAUGUGGUUGAUUUAAUUAGUGACGAUGACGAUGAUGAGGGGUCAAUAAGUUCUAAAACAUGUGAACUUAAUCAGAGUCAGACAAGCUCGUCUGAAUCAACAUUGAUCUACACGCCAGAAAUGCUGCAUAAAUUCCCUGUAAAUCAGUCGCCUUUUGGGGAAAUUUCAAAUAAAUCUUCAAUGUCCCCUAGCUCUGAUCAAAAAUCUUUAAACAAAUCAUCACCUAGUUUCCGUAGUCCAUCAACAAGCCACAAAUAUUUUUCACCUACAAAAAAGAGAAGUAUUAAAGUCAGAACUCCUACCAAAGCUAAAAGAAAUCUUAGUGAUAUAAUAUCAAAAUGUGAUAAACAAAAUAUUUUUAAUAAUGAGGAAUUCCAUCAAGCUUCAAACAAUCUGGAUGACUCGACAAUUUUUCUAUUAAAGAUAAUUUAUCAGUUUUUAUGUGACGAUAAUUUGAAACCACUCUUAGAAGAAAGUAGUUGCAGUCUCCUGUCAAGGGCAAUGAAAGUAAAAAAGCCUGGCAUGAGAUUAGUAUGCAGACUGUAUUGGCAGCAGGAAGGCUGGCGUAGAUGGGAUAAAGUGAAGAAGAUUAUGAUUGGCAAAUUUAAAGUUGAUGAUCCAACUCUACAUGAAGCAAUUAACUCGCUGAUAGAAAGUGGAUUUAUUACUGUGGCAAAUACUAAUAAUGGUGAAGAAAUAUAUUUUGAUGAGUUGCUGAAAAUGCUUAAGCAGGAUGAAUUGAAGUUAAUAUGCAAGGAAUUUAAAAUUAAAACUACAAAAAAGGAUGACGCUGUUCAGUCAUUAAAAAAUUUUUGUUCUCAGAAAACAAAUAUAACCAAUUACUUUGCUGGUAGUAAAAGCACAAAUGAAACUCGAGUUUUGAAUUUGCUGCGCUCCAAAGUUGGUCCAUGUUAUAAGCUCUCAGAUGAGGCUCGGAACACACUUAAGGAGCUCUAUAUUCUCAUGUACCUGGGCAUGGAUUAUAGUAUAAUAAAAGAAAAGAGACUAGAAUUAAUGUUGCUCAAUGAUAAGACAAAAAGGGAAACUUUUCCCAUUUGUAAAGAUAUGGAGAUUGAUAAUGCAAGCUUAGUAUUCAAAAAUAGAGAACAAUUUUUAAGUUAUGUUAAUGCCGGUGUAUUAUAUGAAGACAUAAAGGAAGCUACUGAUCUGUCCGAGAAGUGUGAAAAGAUUAAGCGAGUAUAUGAUCUAUACAACGAAAUGAGUAAAGAAGAAUUGAUGAGUUACAUCAAGCUACCGGUGUGGCUCCGUCGGUACACACCGGCAUACAUAUAUGUGAAAAUUUUGGAAGCUGGAAUUCAAGAAUUGAAAAAAUCCAAAGUGGAAAAGAAUAUACUUUUAGCUGUAGACAUUCUUUCGACACUUUUAAAGCAAACCGCAUUCAGAGAACACAAGAGGGCGGAAUGGUAUUCGGAGAAGGCGCUCAUUCUCGAUAAAUUAUUGUUCCUUCCCGAGAAGGCAGCUGAAGUACUAUUAGAAGGUUUCAAUUCGAACCUUCCAGAAAAAUAUCUAGAUUUCAUACGACCUCGAGCUAAGUUGUUGGCGAAUCGACAGACAAGUCCCAUAAGCUCAGCUUUAAAGGUCCAGCUACUUUCACGAGCAGAUAAAUAUGACAUACUGGAGAAGAAUAUAAAAGCGGUGCACAUAUACAAACAGCCCAUGUAUAAUGGUGGCAGAGGCAAAAUUAAAUUCGAGACACGCACUGCCGAUGGCAUGCUAGUGCAAGAAGCCGAGGAGUAUUGUAAAUAUCACUACAUACAGGAGGGAAAGUACACACAUGGUGGUCACUGGGAGGGCAGUAUAGUGACUACAAUAUUCUUCCUAUUAUUCUGGGAUAUAAUAUACGCUCAAUUGGAAGGAGUUCGUGGGAUUUACUUGUCCUACUACCAGACUUACCCUCUGGACAUGUUCUGCGAAGGUUUCUACAACAAUAGGAAGGCUUUGAUUGAGAAACGACUGAAAGAAAUAGAGGAAUCUACGACUGAAGAGAUUUUGACUAAAAUUGAAACUGCCUGGGAAAGUAGACCAGAAACGGAGCAGUCGGGCGUGUGGCGCGGCGCGGGCGGCGCGGGCGGCGAGGCGGCGCGCGCGGUGGCGGCGCGACUGGCGCCCGCCCGCGUGGCGCGCGUGUGCGCCCGUCUGGCCGCCGACUUCGCGCACGCGCACUCCGGCUUCCCCGACCUCACGCUGUGGAACGAGCGCACGGGCGAGAUUGCAUUCGUGGAAGUGAAGACUGACUCCGACAAGCCGUCCAUGAAGCAGAUACAAUGGAUGCAUUACAUGCAGCAGCACGGCAUCGACACCGAGUUCUGCUACGUCGGCGUCCACACCGGCCGAGCCCGCUCCCGGAACACGCACGAGCUGGAGGAACACUAGUUAAUGCACAAAUUAUUCAAUACGGUUAUGUACUACUAAAACAACCGCUAGUAUUCAUAUUGUUAUUAUAUAUUUUAAUUUUAAAUUCAUAAGUGUUACCACUGCCUAUACACAUUGGCAGUAUAAAACUUGGAUCAUGGAAACUCAGAUGACCCCUAUUGCCUGUAAUGGAACGAAACAUUUUAAAAAUGAUUUAUUUUUAUUAAACCAAGAUUUUAUAUGAAUAUCAUAAAAAUGUAUAUUUUCGUUUAAUAAAUGUUAUUUUUUUUAUAACAUACCUAUUUUUUACACCUAUCUAAAAUAAAUAAAAAUAUGCAUAGAUAGAUCUAUGGGAUGUUUACCAAAAUAAUCUUAACUAAUAUAAUAUAAUUUAGACCAUGACAUCUAAAGCACGAGCGUCACUCACUAAUGCACGCCAUUAUAAUACGACUUAUAACGAUUAAAAAGAUUUCAAUUUCUCUAUGAAAACAAUUUACACGGUCGGUUCCAUGGGUCAUUGUGGUUGUUCGAACAGAAAGACCCCCGUGUGACGUCAAGGAUGAAUUAAACGCGACGAACGAAGUAAAAUAAUCCUAGUAGUAACCUUUAUUGCACACAGGCCCUUCCUAACCCAGGGUUGCAAAAGAGGUUUCUUUUUCAAGUCGAGUCAAGUCUUGGACCACAGGUGAGAUGCGUUUGAAAGAUAACUAAAAUCUUUUUUAGCAAAGGGAGAUCGCCAGACGACUGCCUGCAUUCCUUCUUUUGAAAAAGACCUCUUCAAUAAGUUUAAAAAAAAGUAAUAAUUGAGUGUUUACACAAUAAUGAGGAUAUGAAUAAUAAAUAAUGUUUGGGCAGCCGUCGCGAAUGUAGCUUAGAAGAGAGCUGAACUCUUGCCGAGCCCUACUUCUGUCCCUCCUGCCUAUACUGCUUACAUUAGAGCUGGAAGCCAGUGACUCCCCGUUACUGCUUUCUAAGUAGGGAUGUAACAGUUCGCUUGUAACGCAUGACGUAUGGUGCAAGUUCCGAUUAAGGAAUUCUGGAGCGUGUUCGCUGCAAUGGCGGUCCAAAGUUGACUUAAUUACGACGUCACACUUGUGGUGUGGUGGGUUUGAUUCUACCACAAAAUUAGGCGUUAUAAAAGUAGAAAUUAAGCUUAUAGUGAUUUGUACUUUUAAUCAAUGCAUUAUUGUAAUUUUAAGAAAAAAUAAUUUUGUGGUACAUUUAUUUCAAUUAGUAUAAUUUUAUUUGUUAGGAAAAAAAGCUGUGUAUAAGAAUAAAAACAAUAUUUUCGGAACAUUUAUUUUAAGACUAGAUAAUAUAUGGUUGUUAUAUUUCUUAAAAUUCAAAAAUGGUGCUAUAUAAUAUAAUGUAACUAUGUAUACUAAUUAUCUCUUACUAUAUUUAG